UUCCCUUUAAUUCAUGGUUUCUGUACUGGAAGUUGUGAGAUUGAGGUGGACAACCAGCUUCCCUAUCAUCUUGAGUUCCCUUUCAGGAGAAUUCUUCCUCCCUUGACUCAUUGGAAGCAUUGGCAGUGCCUGAAGGUAGAAAUAUUGCUAAGGGCAGGCAGAGUAAAAGGUGGGGAGGUGGUACCACCAUCCCUGACCUUGCAAACUCUACUCUAUAACUCAACCAAAGGAGAUGCCAAAUCAUAGUGGCUGUUCAGCAGCACCACAAUGUAAGAGAUAUGUUCCACAGGUCCCCUAGGCAGAAACGCCUAACCAUCCUUCUCACACUGCUGUGAUACAUUCUUUGUGAUAUCCCCUGUUCAGGACAGGCAGCAUUUAGAUUGCUUACUAAAGCUGAGGCAAUCCUGUGCUUAAGGUGCCACCUAGUACCAAAAAGGAGGCAGUGACCUAAUGGCAAACAAUAUUCAACAGAUAAAUUACAAAGAGUGUCUAAGCAAACAUGCCCAGUAAACACCAAAACAAUCCAGACCAAAAAGACUGGAAUAAAUGAAUUAUUCAUUGCAAAGAUAUGGACAUAAAUCUAUAGGAAAUAACAAAUAGGGAACAGUGACCUCCCCAAAAAGACAAAACAAAACUCCAAUGACUGAUCCUAAAGAGACACAAUACAUGAGCUCUCCGACCAAGGAUUUAAAAUAGCAGUUUUAAGUAAACUUAGUGAUCUCCAAGAUAAAAAAUUCCAGAAAUUUAUCAAAGAAAUUAAACAGAUUGAAGUUGUUCCAGAAAUGAAAUCUGGAACUCAGCAAUACAUUUGUCAACUAAAAAUUUGAUUAGAUACUGUGAACAGCACAAUGGAUCAAGCAGAGAAAAUCAGUGAGCUAAAGGACAGGCUAUUUGAAAACACACAGUUAGAGGAGAAUUAAAAGAAUGAAAAGGAAUGAAGAUUACCUGCAAGAUACAGAAAAUUACUUCAAAAGACCAAAUCUUAAGAAUUAUUGGUAUUCAAGAGGGAGUUGAGGUAGAAAACUUAUUCAAACAAAUAAUAACAGAAAACUUUCCCAAACUUGAGAAAGAUAUAAAUAUCCAGUUAUAGGAAGGUCUGAGAACAACAAACAGAUUUGAUCCAAAUAAGAUUUCCCUAAGGCAUAUGUUGGGAAAACCAGCCCCACACCACCCAGCGGGUACCCCGAGUCUGGCAGAGACAAAGGAGUUAGAAAGAGACAGAAUAAGCGCUUAAAAGCAGGUCCAGGGGACCAGAGCUCUUGGGCUCCGCCCAAUUUAUUGGUUUACAAGCUCUUUGUUCUUAGGGCAGAUGGGAGGGAUAGGAAGGGAUGAGGAAAAGGAUUAAUCAGUGAAGGAGCUCGUGAGUAGCAGUGGUGGUUUCUGUGAAUUUCGUCGAGCAAAGGCGUGUGUCUAAACUACUUAAGAUCUUUAACUUAUCGGGACUGAAACAGGUGGGAGUGGGUUUCAGGAGGAGCCAAGAUGUUUGAUUAUACUCCACUGCUUCAAGGAGUGUUAUCUCCCUGAGCAACCUGUGGAAUGCCGCUGAGCGGUUAUACUCUCGGGGCAUAAAGACAUGAAGGCAAUAAGGAGACAUUUCUCCUCAGAGGACGCCCAUGGCUUCCCAUGAGUGUCUCACGCAGGGGAGACCAACUCAACUGGCACCCCAGAAACUGUCUUUCCCACAGCAUGUAAUAAUCAAACUCUAAAAGGGCAAGGAUAAAGAAAGGAUUCUAAAAGCGGCAAAAGAAAAGAAUCAAAUAAUGUGUAAACAAACUCCAAUUCGUCUGGCAACAGACUUCUCAACAGAAGCCAUACAGACCAGGAAGGAGUUAUUAGAUUUUUAAAGGACUGAAGGAGUUAUAACAUUUUUAAAGGACUGAAUGAAAAAAAAUCUGCCAUCCAAGAAUACUGUAUCCAGCAAAUAUACCCUUGAAAUGUGAAUGCCAGAUAAAGUCUUUCCUAGACAAAAGCUAGGAGGAUUCACCACUACCAUACCCAUUUUACAAGAAACGCUAAAGGGAAUUCUUCAACCUGGAAGAAAAAAUGUGCGAAAAGAAAACAUUUGAAGGUGCAAAACUGGCCAGUUAAAGUUUUUGGCUACUGAUGUUACAAACAAUAAAAUAUUGGAGCAUAGAGUUGAAGAAAAGACUCAAACCAGGUUUUUAUUUAAUUAGUUAAAAAUAUGGAUCCUGAAACAAGGGGACAAGAGAUUAUCAAAGUGACACCUCUUCAGCAAAUGCUUGCCUCAUGUACUGGAGCUAUACUGACAUCAGUAAUAGUGACACCCCUGGAUGUUGUUAAAAUUAGACUCCAAGCCCAAAACAACCCAUUCCGCAAAGGAAAAUGUUUUGUAUAUAGUAAUGGACUCAUGGAUCAUCUAUGUGUCUGUGAAGAGGGAGGCAACAAACUAUGGUAUAAGAAGCCAGGAAAUUUCCAGGGAACAUUGGAUGCGUUUUUUAAAAUCAUUCGAAAUGAGGGCAUUAAAUCUCUAUGGAGUGGCCUUCCUCCUACCCUAGUGAUGGCAGUUCCUGCCACAGUUAUUUAUUUUACCUGCUAUGAUCAAUUAAGUGCUCUUCUGAGAUCUAAGUUACGAGAAGAUAAAACCUACAUACCAAUUGUUGCUGGAAUUGUGGCCAGAUUUGGUGCAGUAACUGUGAUAAGUCCACUAGAAUUGAUUAGAACCAAGAUGCAGUCCAAGAAGUUUUCUUACGUGGAACUGCAUCGAUUUGUCAGCAAGAAAGUAUCUGAAGAUGGUUGGAUUUCCCUUUGGAGGGGCUGGGCUCCUACUGUUCUUAGAGAUGUACCUUUCUCAGCAAUGUACUGGUAUAACUAUGAAAUUUUAAAGAAGUGGUUAUGUGAGAAAUCUGGUUUAUAUGAGCCAACAUUUAUGAUCAACUUUACUUCAGGGGCAUUGUCUGGUUCUUUUGCAGCUGUUGCAACUUUACCAUUUGAUGUAGUAAAAACACAAAAGCAGACACAACUUUGGACAUAUGAAAGUCAUAAAAUUUCUAUGCCUUUGCAUAUGUCAACCUGGGUUAUAAUGAAGAACAUUGUUGCUAAAAAUGGAUUUUCCGGAUUAUUUUCAGGCCUGAUUCCUCGCUUAAUUAAAAUUGCUCCUGCUUGUGCCAUUAUGAUCAGUACAUAUGAAUUUGGAAAGGCUUUUUUCCAGAAACAAAAUGUUCGAAGGCAACAAUACUAGUGAUGCUGUUUCAACUUGAAUCAACAACUACAGCCAAAGAAGAUGGAGAUUCUUAGGCAAGAAUGUUUUUCACCAUUAUUCUCUCACAAUUAUUUUAUGUCUUUCUUUCCUAUAAUUUAAAUAAAUAAUUUCAGUUCUACCUCUAAAUCAUAAUUUAAAAAUAAAUUUUAUCCUAUUUUUGGUGAUAUUGAAAAAGAUAUUCUAGAAAUCACCACCAUUGAGCAUUCUUGUAAAAAUAAGACAGAUUACUCCUUAGCAUCAAAAGCAAUCUCUUGAGAGUUUAAUAUUAUAUGUUUCAGUGUAACGUAAUCUUACUGGGAGUGUGUUGAAUACACCAGAACUUUUUGAAUUGUGUGCUGAAUGAUGUACAUAGUCUAGAAGAAAAAAGCCCAAGUCUUGUGCACAUUUAAAUCAUGUACAUAAGUAUUUCCGUAUUUCAGUAAAGUAGAUAAAGCACUCGUUAAAUAGCAUUGUUCACAUUGACCAAAUAUUGCCUGUUUCCUUUAAUUCAAAUGCAUUAGGUUCCCGCCUCCCCCUCCUUCCCCGCCAUGUUGCUGUUUUAAGGCUUCAUAUGUAUUAACAUUUCUCUGAUCAAAAUUGUGGCUGUUUUCCUUAUGAACCAUAAUAUAAUCAUUUGUGUGAUGUACAUUGUGCCAUUUUUGAUGACUAAAUGUCUAUAUUUCUGCCAUUCCUGUAAGAGAGGGAGUUUUUUACUGAUAGUAGCAAAUGUUCACUUCAGUCAAACUUGGGUGUUCAGUGGUAAACCAUAUAGUAUUUAGACUGGUAAAAAUAGUUUGCACACAGGAAUAGCCUCUGAUUUUUAGCUCUCUUGUAAUCCAGGUAUCAUUGUUCAUGGAAUUCUCUAGGUCAUUUUUAUUGUGUUGUUCUAACAGGACAGAUUAUUGCUACAACAAUAGUUACAAGAUAUUUCUAAAAUAUCCUUUGAUUUUUACUCUAAGUAUGGUAGAGUAAAAGGCUAAACAAGAAGCUGUUUCCUUGAAGACAUUGCUUUCAGUCACCAUACAUGUCUAAAUAAUUUAGCUUAUCAUUCAUUCUAUGUAGGAAUCAGAUAAGAAAGGAUAUGAUGGCAGGAAAAGAAAUGCUAUUCAUUUUUUAUACUUUAGUUUUAUUUUCUUAGGAUCUAUAUAUCCUAUAUAUAUAUAUUUUUUAAAGCACUAAUUUAUUGCAGUCUUUAUUUUAGAAAAUGUGAAGCAUUUUUUUCUCCCCUAAAAUGAAUAUAUUUAGAUAACAAGUCUUUAGUGCUGGUAGAGGAACUAAUUGAUUUUGUACUAUAGUAGGAAAGUGUUUAUAUGUUUCACCAGAAAUAAAGUAUGUAGGGUUUGUAUGUAAUCUUCCAUGUUUAUCCUAUGUUGAUUUACCUUAAAUUUGCAACAUACAUAUCCAUAUAAAUAUUCAUGACUUUCUUAUAUUUCAUUAAAAUGUUUUAUGGUUUCUUAAAAUCAUCACUGUGCUUCUAAAUAUUUUUAUAUAAAAUCAUUGUAUAAUGCUAUACUGUGAUAUACAUGAAAGUUUAUCUUGAACAGUGCUCUUUAACAAUAUUAAAUUUAAAUUUAUCUUGGUUUUGCUAUGCUUAUGGAUAAUUCAUAGAAAAAAAGCAGAAAAACUUAAUACUGUUCCCAAAAGGCAGUUACAUAUUUCAGUUUAAUAUCACCUAUAAGUAUGAGAAAGGUUUCCAUGUCUCCUACCUCUCACUGCACUUAGGAAAAUUCUUAUUUAUGAAUAAAGUAAGAUAAGUAAAUC